AUGGAAAUAGAUACGGGAACAUAUGUAACAAUAAUGUCGGAAGAAACAAAAAAGAGAUAUUUUCCGAGUAUACAAAUUGAAACGCUGAAUACGCCCCUGAAAGCAUACGGUAAAGUUCCACUCGAACAUGUCGGUAUUACGACGGGAUUAGAGGUGCAAUUAGGUAGGCGAAAGGCAACAUUAAAAAUGAUAAUAAUGAAGGGAUCGGGACCAACAUUAAUUGGAAGACAAUGGCUACAAGCAUUAGCACUAUGGCCAUUACCUUUAAAUGAAUUAGUAAGCGAUACGUUGAGCUGCCAUAAAAUAGAUUUGAGUAACGUUAUUAAAGAAUUUCCAAGUAAGUUUCCAAAAUUAUUCGGGCCGGGAACGGGACUAUAUAAUAAAGGUGUUUUAAAAUUAGUACUACGAGAGAAUUCACAACCAAAAGCGUUUAAGGCAAGACACUUGCCUUUUGCAUUGACAAAAAAAGUCGAAAACGAAAUAAAUAGAUUGGAGGCACUAGGUCAUUUAAAAAAAGUAGACGUUAGCGAUUGGGCGACUCCAAUCGUACCGGUAAUCAAAUCGAACGGGACAGUAAGGAUUUGUGGAAAUUUCAAGCUCACGGUGAACCCUUGUUUAGUAAUGGACCGGCAUCCGUUACCAUUAAUAGAUGAAAUCUUCUUAGCAUUGCAGAAUGGCGAGAAAUUUUCACAAAUAGAUUUACAGCACGCGUAUAUGCAGAUUCCGGUAGACGAGAAAAGUCAAGAUUACCUCACAAUAAUUACACAUAAAGGAUUGUACAAGUAUACAAAAAUGACAGAAGGCAUCGCGUCAGGGCCGGGAGACUUCCAACGGAAAAUAGAACAAUGCUUAGCGGGUAUCGAAGGCGUGAUACCGUACCUCGACAAUAUAUUUUGCACCGGUAGUAACGACAAAAAACAUUGGCAAGCUCUCAAUACGGUAUUUACGCGAUUGGAAGAAGCCGGGUUCAAAAUAAACAUAAACAAAUGCGAUUUUUUCAAAGAUCGACUCGACGUUUUGGGAUUCGUAAUCGAUAAGAAUGGACUCCACAAAGCGGAAACAAAAGUCAAGGCAAUGAUUCACGCACCGACACCGAAAAACAAGAAACAAUUAGACUCGUUCUUAGGAUUAAUAACAUAUUAUGCAAGAUUUCUACCAGAUAGAGCCGAAAGGCUAAAACCGCUGUACGAAUGCGCGAAACAAGGCGAAUUUAAAUGGAGUAAAGAAUGCGCGUCGGCUUUCGAAUGGGUAAAAACAGAAUUAGCGUCCCCGAGAGUUUUAGCUCAUUUUGAUCCUGAGGAAGAGUUAGUCUUAGCAUGCGAUGCAUCGGCAUACGGAAUAGCAGCGAUACUAUCACACCGGUAUAAAGAUAAAACGGAGAGACCGAUAGCGUUCGCAUCAAAAGUGAUUCCGGAGUCAGAAUUAAAUAGAGCGAUAAUCGAUAAGGAGGCUAGUGCGAUAGUAUUCGGUUUUAAAAAAUUCUACAAUUACAUUUUCGGUAAACAGAUAAUUUUACGAACUGAUCACAAACCGUUGACUCAUAUUUUCGGCCCAAAACAAGAAAUUCCACUUACGGUGGCUAGUAGACUGCAGCGAUGGGCAUAUUUUCUUUCGAGAUUUUCAUACACAAUCGAGUACAUUAAAUCAGGAAAGAACAGCAACUGUGACGCAUUAUCAAGACUCCCUAUCGAUGACGCGACCCCAAUUUUCAAUAAAGAAUUUACUGCGAUAAAUUACAUAGAAGAAAGCGAAAUUUUGAAUGCGGGAGAGAUUGCGAGAGAGAGUAAAAGCGAUAAAACGUUAAGCAGAGUUAUCCGAUACGUAAGAAACGGGUGGCCAAAAGCGGAUGAGUUGAGCGGGGAAGAGAGAAAUUUGUAUGCGAAACGAGAAGAGUUGUCGGUGGACAAAGGGUGUGUACUGUGGGGUUAUAGAGUUGUGGUUCCAGAGAAGUUUAGGGGAAGCGUCCUUCGAGAACUCCACGCAUCACACUUUGGAAUAGUGAAAAUAAAGAUGAUCGCGAGAUCAUAUGUAUGGUGGCCGAACAUUGAUAGCGAAAUUGAGAACAUGGUUGCGGCGUGUACAGUAUGUGUGAGAGAGAGAAAAACACCUGCGAGUGUACCUUUGACACCUUGGCCCUACCCCGAUAGGUUUUGGAGCAGAAUUCACGCAGACUUUUUAGGUCCAUUCCACGGACACAUGUUCAUGGUAAUUGUAGACGCGUACUCAAAGUGGCCUGAAAUAAUUGACAUGCACAGGUGCACGCAAGCUCCAAAAACUAUCGAGGAGUUUAAGAAAAUACUCGGUAGGCAUGGUCUACCGAGACAUCUUGUCACCGACAACGGGACUCAAUAUACGAGUAACGAGUUUCGAGACUUUGUAAAUAGAAACGGCAUUAAACACAGCUUCACUGCGCCGUACCACCCUGCAACGAACGGGGCAGCAGAAAAUUUCGUAGAGACUUUUAAAGAUAAAGUGGACAAGAUAGUGAAGAGCGGUAAACCGUUAGAUUAUGCGGUAAACUUAUUUUUAUUUGAUUACAGAACGUCGGAGCAUUGUACGACGGGGAGAACGCCGGCGUAUAUGGUUUAUAAGCGAGAAUUGAGGACGCGUUUUGACUUACUAAAGCCAGACGUUAAUAGUGACGUUUCCGAUAAACAAUUAGCUCAGGUCAUUGCGAAAAACGGCAGUCGAAGUGUCGAGCUCCAAAUAGGCGAAACGGUAAUGGUUAACGAUUACAGUACUCGUAACGAUAAACGAAUCGAAGGAAAGAUCGUACAAAAGUUGUCUCCGGUAACGUAUAGAGUCGAAAUAUCGCCAGGUAAAGUUUGGAAACGACACGUCGAUCAAAUUAUUAAGUACCCGAAGGCGAACGUUAAAACUGCGAGCACUAUUGGAGCAACCGAAAAGAAACUACCGGAUAUACUGCGGCGUUCAGAACGAUUAAAGAAAUAA